UAGAAAACAAAUGGUCAUUGUAGUAUCAGCCACACGGACCAGUUCCAUUUCCGGCCAAAAUCCCUGAACAUUAAAAGUUUAUUUUUUUUGUGUUGAAAUUUGAAACUCUACCAUUCUAUUCAGAAACCGCAUCUCAUAUUCACUACACCCACUUCUAGCAACGAACUCUUGCAUAUCAAACCCCAUAUUUUGCCCAAAUGGAAAUAAUUUCUAUAUGGGUAGUAUUUGUCACAACCCUUUUCCUCCUAAACAUGACCAAUUGUGUGGAGGAUGAGGUGAAGAGAACACUUAUACAGUUUCUGGCUCAAGUCUCAGGUAAUGAUGGCCAGCAGAACUCCACUUUGAUUUGGAGACAAGACUCUUCUGAUCCUUGCAAGGAUCUUUGGCAAGGUGUAUAUUGUGAUCCUCAAAACAUGUCCAUAAAGCGGUUGCUACUUGACAGGCUCAAUUUGUCUGGAAAUCUUGGUGUCGCUAUGCUUUGCAACUUGCAGCCCCUGGCUGCAUCUCUCGCCUUUCUUAGCCUAGAUGGUAACAAAAUUAGUGGGGUGAUAGCAUCUGAGAUUGGAAACUGCAAACAACUCACUCACCUACACCUUAGUGGAAACAAACUUACUGGAGACAUUCCUAGUUCACUUGCCAUGUUAAACAAUUUGAAGAGCCUCGACAUUUCGAAUAAUGAGAUUUCGGGACCUUUGCCAAACUUGUCCAGAAUCUCAGGUCUGAACAUGUUCCUUGCACAAAACAAUCAUCUUAGAGGAACCAUACCGGCCUUUGAUUUCUCCAAUUUUGACCAAUUCAAUGUCUCCUUUAACAAUUUUAGUGGCCGCAUUCCAAAAAACGUGUAUGGCUAUUUCUCUGCUGAUAGCUUCCUUGGUAAUCCUGAACUAUGUGGAGAUCCGCUACCAAAAAACUGUUCUGAUCAGUUUAUGUUUCUUAGUGAGACUCAGGCAAAAGAAGAAUCAAAGGGUCCUUCUAAGCAGCAGAUUCUAAUGUACUCGGGCUAUGCUGCUUUGGGUGUUAUCAUUGUCCUUUUUGUAGUCUUAAAGCUGUGUAGAAGAGAGAAGGGAAUUGAAGCAUUGAAAAACGGGAUAGGGGCCACUGAUGGUGGUGGUAUUGAAAAGCACAGCAAUGUUUCAAGUGAAUACAAAGAUGAGGUAAGCAGAUCCGAGUUUUCAGUGGCUUCUGAAAGUCGGAUGGUUUCACAAUCACUCAUAGUUCUUUCAAGGCCAGCAGCAAUUGAAUUGAAAUUGGAGGACUUGUUGAGGGCCCCUGCAGAAUUGAUUGGCAGAGGAAAGAAUGGAAGUCUUUAUAAGGUGAUACUUGACAAUGGGAUAAUGGUGGUUGUGAAAAGGAUCAAGGAUUGGACUAUUUCAAGCCAAGAUUUCAAGCAAAGAAUGCAAAUACUAAGUCAAGCAAAGGACCCUCAUGUAUUGUCACCUCUUGCUUUCUAUUGCUCCAAACAAGAAAAGCUUUUGGUGUAUGAAUAUCAGCAGAAUGGAAGUUUAUUCAAGCUUUUACAUGGUACUCCAAAAACCUUUGACUGGACCAGCAGACUUGGGAUAGCAGCUACAAUUGCUGAGGCUUUAUCUUUCAUGCAUCAAGAGCUAGGCCAUCAUGGUAUUGUUCAUGGUAACCUGAAAUCCUCCAACAUUUUGCUAAACAAGAAUAUGGAGCCAUGUAUAAGUGAAUAUGGUGUUAUGGGUAUGGAUGAUCAAAGAGGUUCCAUUUUUGCCAGUCCUAUUGAUGCCGGUGCAUUAGAUAUCUUUAAGGAAGAUGUUUAUGGCUUUGGUGUGAUUCUACUUGAAUUGCUUACUGGUAAGUUAGUGAAGGGCAAUGGGAUUGACUUGACUGAUUGGGUUCAGUCAGUUGUCAGGGAAGAGUGGACAGGUGAAGUCUUUGACAAGUCUCUAAUAUCCGAGUAUGCAAGUGAGGAGAGGAUGGUCAAUUUGCUUCAGGUGGCUAUAAGAUGUGUCAAUCGUUCACCACAGGCUAGGCCAGGCAUGAACCAAAUUGCUCUCAUGAUUAAUACUAUCAAAGAGGACGAAGAAAAAUCCUUGAUCUAUGAACUGUGAUUUAGACUAUGAUCCAAAGUGCUUGUGCUUAUAAAAGGCAUAUAAAUCAAACAAGAAGCUAGUGGAGAGCCUCUUUCUCUAUGCGAAGUUUUCUUAUAUCUAUGCCCCAGGAUAUUGUUACAAUUAGAAAUAAAUUUCUAAUGUAACUUCACUUACUCUUUAUUCACACAGCGAAAGAGGAAAUAAACUAAAGAACUUUUAUUUUCUGCCUA